AUGUCUUAUCACAAUGAGGGGAUGGAGCACAUUCCUUAUAUUCCUCCACUGGCGCUCCACUGCUUCUCCGUGGACAUCAACGGAGCGCACCCCCAUUUCGGUCUUCCCUCCUUCCACCUGGAGCCGGCUUACCUGGACCGUGUCCACCGCAGCCCCAAGUUGCCAUACGGAGGAGGGCUGCACUAUUACCCGUGUCCCGGUCCGGUGAGCGUGUGUGAAUACGCGUUGGAACCCGCGUUUAUUCGCAAGAGGAACGAGAGGGAGCGCCACCGGGUGCGCUGCGUCAACGAGGGCUACGCGCGCCUCCGGGAGCGCCUGCCGAGGGAGUUUGACGACAAGAGACUCAGUAAGGUGGAGACACUCCGGGCCGCCAUCGACUAUAUUAAACACCUGCAGGGCCUUUUGGACGUGAACGUAGCCGGGAUAUCACUGGAAGCUGGCCACAAACGGCCCAAAUGCCAGUGAGGACGUUGGCGACUAUUUUUUU